AUGUCGGACGCCAAGCCAGAUGCCAAGAACGUGCCCACGGCAACCGACUUGUCCCGCGACUCUACCAAGUCUGUCGGGACCCAGACGCGCUCGGCUCAGGCGCAAAGCUUCUGGAGCAUGUACUCUUCGGUCGUGGCGCGCCUAAGACACAUGCGAGACAAGCGUCGCCUUGCGUACAGAACGAAGGCGAACGCCAAAGUAGACGUCAAGCUAGAUGCCAAGAACGUGCCCUCGUCAACCGACUUGUCCCGCGACUCGUCCAAGUCGGUCGGGGCCCAGAUGCGCUCGGCCCAGGCGCUCAGCUUCUGGAGCAUGUACUCUUCCGUCGCGGCGCACGUAAGACCCACGAGAUACUUCACAGUGGCCGACCUGGCAUGUGCCGUGGCCACCAUCCUAGCCACCGCAGUGGUCAUCCUGAGCCUGGUCGGAGUGCUCACCACUCAAUCCGUCAUCAGAGAGCAGAAAGUAUUCGUUAGCGGCCGCUUUGGCCGCGUCCAGGGACUCAGCCAUAAGGUUCUUGGCCACACGGACGUGUACGCCUUCCUGGGCGUGCCGUACGCGUACCCACCCCUCGGAGAGUUGCGAUUCCGCCGGACCUACUCUACAAUCGACUUCACCAUCGGCCAGGGCUUGGAGAUUGAUGCGAUGUCAAGCAAGCCCGCGUGUGAGCAGAGCGUGCUUGACGACGAUCCGCUGGCGGUUAUGUCCGAGGACUGCCUGCAUCUCAACAUAUGGACGACGUCGCGAGAGUGUCUCUCUUCCGAGUGCGCCGUCAAGACCGUGCUUGUCUUCCUACACGACGGUUCCUUCCAGGCAGGAGGCAACAGGGACCCGCUGUACGAUGGAAGGUACCUGUCCGGCCUUGGAGAUGUGGUGGUCGUGGUACCCAACUACCGCCUGGGUGCGCUGGGCUUCCUGUACAACGGCAGCUCCGAAGCUCCCGGCAACGUCGGCCUCUACGACCAACUGUUGGCUCUGGAAUGGACGCGCCACAACAUCGGCAGGUUUGGCGGCAACGCCUCAAACUUGGUGCUUGUCGGCUACGGUUCCGGCGCGGCGGCGGCCGGCUACCUUCUGGUCAGCCACGCAGCCGGCGUGCGUGAAGCAGGCGUGGUGCCCAGGCGCGUUAUCCUUAUGAGCGGAAGCCCACUGACUAGAUAUCCCGAUAACACUGAGUUCGCGGGCAUUCGCGUGGCUGAGCAAGCGAAGAGGAUGCGCUGCCUAAAGGACGGCGAGCCGAACUUCAAGUGCAUGGUCGAGGCGAGCGCGUCGCUGUUUGUCAAGACCGCCUUACCUCCCCUCUUCUUCCCCACUUUCACGGGACUCAUUAAAUUUCCUCCUCAAGAUAUGAUGCACAAAGACGAGACGCGUAUAACUGACGUGGAGGUUCUGCUCGGCCACAUGAACGACGAAACGGUGCACGCCGUGCGCGCCGCUGCGGACAGUGUCGCGUCGUCCAACGAAGCAAGAGUGGCAACCGCCGAACUCUUCGACGCGCUUGGCCUCAACAGUUCUGAGAUUGACGCCGUCAUGGCGCGAUACGGAGAGACAUACCGCUGGGAGUCGACGGAGGUUUUGCAGCGGAUUCUGGGGGACCUGCUGGUCGCGUGCCCUGUUCGCGAUUUCGCUAAGCUGCUGGACUCGGCGGGCGAUAAUCGCGUCUUCCGCUACUUCAUCUCGUUCACGGGCAAUGGUCUAGCGAUCAAGGCGGGCGACAUGCUGCGGAUGGUGUUUGGCAAGCCCUUCUUGCACCCGCUCGAGCACGACAGCAUGCGAGCCGCCAGUGAGCAGGUCAUCAACCUUUGGACGAUUUUCGCUAGGACAGGGAACAUCCCUGACAUCAGCGGACUCAUCUUCGGUCGAUACAGCUUUCACGUAGCCCGCUCAGGGAAAAAGGAAAACAACGUUUUUGACGGUCGCAAGAAAUACUGCGAAUUUCUUAAAGAACUCGAUGUCCAGUGA